GGUCACGUGUUUGCAGGUCACGUCAACAAUAUUGUCCUCAUGGAGCUACAUGUGCAGUUAUCGAUGGUUCUUAAGGGUUUGUCAAACUUUAAAUAGUGUUAAAUGUAACGUUAUAUAACGUUACCUUGUGUUAGCUUGCUAAACUGACCUGCCGUUUGUUUUGACAGAAGGACAGCAGGUUAGCGUUAACGUUAUCCAGCGCAUUGUUAGUAUACCGAGUUUGAUUUGUAGAGAUGAAGGGAAAAUGGAAGCAGAACAGCAAAAAGAACAAGGGAAAUGCUGUGUUGCAGAAAUAUAUGGUGGCGGUGGAUGAAUUUGUGAAAAGCAAAAGUGGCAUAGAAGAAGCAGAGCAUGACCAUGGCUUGAGAUUUGUGAAAAAGAAAAGCAGAAAGGAAAUGCGCAAAGAAAAGCGAAAAUUGAAAAAAGCCAAGAAGAAAAUUUAUUAUGAGGGUAACAAGACCCCGAGUUUACCCACAGGUGAUGGUGGAAACUCAGAAAUACCAGCUGAAAAACGGCUGCAGGUGAAGAAGAACGUGGAAAAAGCAAAAAAGGGAGUUUCGAAUAUACAUUCAAACCUAUCUAGUGCUACUGGAGAAAAAUCCAACUCUAAAAAGUUAUUAUCUGCCAAGAAAGGUAAGAAAGUUAACAAGCUUCAAGAAUCAAGAAAAAUGGCUCUUAUGGAGGCAAAUGAACAAGAGGACAGAGAAAUUAAGAAACUAGAGCGCUGCCUGGGAUUAAAUAAAAGAAAAAACAAAAAAAGUCUCCCACAGUCCUUCGUUGCUGAUGGGCUUGAUUACGUACUUGGCAUUCUUGACUCUGGCUCAUCAGCUGUCAUGUAUGAUGAUGAUGAUGACAUGGAGAAGGCAAAAGAAAAUUUUGAAAAACUUGAUGAGAAUGAUUCUGAGUUGUCAGAUGAGGAUGAAGAACCUGGAGAUGAGAUGGAAAGUGAGGGCAGUGAUGAGGAUAUAGCUUCAUUUGAUAAUGAGAACGAUGAUGAUGAUGAUGAAAUGGUUGAUGAGGAAGAAGCAGAGGAGGAGGAAGAAAUUGAGGAUGACCAAGAUGAGAUGGAUGAGAGUGAUGAAAAUAAUGAAAAUGAAGGGGAAACAGAGGAAGAAAAUGAUGCUCCUGACUUGAAGACUUCCAAAUCCAAGUCAGAAACUGUUUCCUCUACAACUGGUAAGUAUGUGCCUCCUCACUUACGGAACACUGGAGAUGACAAACGCAAAGCUGAGCUUGAAAAACUGAAAAGGAACGUGAAAGGCCUGGUGAACAGGCUGAGUGAGCCUAAUAUAGCAUCUAUUAGUGGUCAGCUGGAGGAGCUGUACAUGAGCUGCAGCAGGAAGGACAUGAAUGACACCCUGACAGAGGUGCUACUAGCAGCCUGCAUCACCCCAGCCCUGAUGCCUGACAGACUGCUGAUGGAGCACGUCCUGCUCAUCAGCAUCCUCCAUCACACAGUCGGGUUGGAGGUGGGGGCUCAUUUUCUAGAGACGGUUGUGAGAAAAUUCAACAAGUUAUACGAGAAUCCGAGUGAAGGCAAAGAGUGCGACAACCUGGUGGCAAUUGUUGCUCACCUCUAUAACUUCCAGGUGGUGCAUUCCCUGCUCAUCUUCGACAUCCUCAAACUUUUAGUGGGAGCGUUUACAGAGAAAGACAUUGAAUUAGUUCUGUUUGUGCUGAGAAAUGUUGGCUUCGCCCUGAGGAAGGACGACGCUCUGGCUUUGAAGGAACUCAUCUCUGAAGCCCAGCGCAAGGCCGGCGAACUGGGGCCGAAGUUUCAGGAUCAAACAAGGGUGCGUUUCAUGUUGGAAACCAUGCUGGCUUUGAAGAACAAUGAUAUGAGGAAAAUCCCAGGCUAUGAUCCUGAGCCUGUGGAGAGACUGAGGAAGCUGCAGAGGACUCUGAUCAACCGCAGUGCAGGAGGCAGUGAUGUGAAACUGAGGGUCUCUCUGGAGAAUCUACUGGCCGCAGAGCAAGUCGGCCGCUGGUGGAUCGUCGGCUCCUCGUGGAGCGGAGCGCCCAUGAUCAGUGAAUCAGGGAGCACGUCCACAAAACAGAGUACAGCUGAAGGAAAGUUUAGUGCCAAAGUCUUAGAGCUGGCUAGGAAACAGCGGAUGAACACUGAAGUAAGAAGAAAUAUCUUCUGCGUUCUUAUGACCAGCGAAGAUUACCUGGAUGCUUUUGAGAAACUGCUGAGGAUGGGACUGAAGGAUAAGCAGGAGAGAGAGAUCGUACAUGUUCUGAUGGACUGCUGUCUGCAGGAGAAAACCUUUAAUGCCUUCUACGCUGUACUGGGAGAGAAAUUCUGCUCCCACGACCGUCGCUUCCAGAUGACUUUCCAAUUCAGCCUAUGGGACAAGUUCAGGGAGCUGUCCAACCUUCCCGGCAGCACCCUUAACAAUCUGGUCCAGCUGGUUACCUUCUUCCUUCAGAGAAAGUGCCUCUCACUCUCCAUACUUAAAGUAAUAGAGUUUGGAGAACUAGAUAAGGCCACAGUGCGUUUCUUGCGUCAGAUGCUGACUAAGCUACUAAAAGAAACUGAGCCGGAGGACCUCGUCAGCAUAUUUGGAAGGAUUUCAGGCAUUCCCAAGCUAGGAAUGCUGCGGGAGGGCUUGAAGCUUUUCAUCAGCCACUUCCUGCUGAAGAAUGCUCAGUCACAGGGACCAGCUGAGCAAGCAGCGAUGCUGUCAGAGCGCGCCCAGGUCGCCACCAAAGCCAUGGAGGCCAAAGAGGCCAAGCUCAGACUGUAAAACACACAACACACAUACUUACAAGUAGAACUGUGCAACAGAAGAAGGCUUGUUGGAGUGAAAUGCCUCCUAACACAGAGAACGGAAACCUGCAGUUUACUUUAAAGAAGAAUAAAAAAAUAGGAUUUUGAUAUUAAAUCAGUGUUUUCACUUCGGGAGUCUUUGUACAUAAUUUUAUAUCUGUAAAGAUUUUGGAGAAUUAUCUGUGAAGAAUGGAGAAUUACACAGAUUUUUUUCAAACACA